UUGCUUGUUGUCUCAAUAUUAAUGUUGGGUAUUGCUGGAGCCGUUCCAUUUUCCAACGAUUUUGUACUUAAGGAGGAAGCUUUUUGUAUUAUUGAAGGGAUAGUCGCUGUUAUUAUUUUUGUUAGUAUUGUUGAAGGGGUAGUAGGGGAUGUUUUUGGCAAUACUGUAGUGUUUUUAGUUUCGACAUCUUUUGAUUUUUGUUUGGGUAUUUUUUGUUGUCCUCCUCCUCCAAGAUUUGUUGUUGUAUUAUUUAAAGGUGAGAGAAUGUCUAAAUCUCCUGUUACUCGAUUGACUUCUGGACCUGUAUAA